GCCUCGGUGCGACCACACGACGCCGCCCGGGGACUUUGCAGCGCGGGAAUUAAGCUUCAUAAUGUUGAGGAUAAAGACCCCCAAGACGCACAAAGCCAAAAGGGAGCUCGAGAAGCGUGCCCCUAAACUCGUUGAGAAUGGCAAGAAAACUUUAUUUCUGCAUGGUACGAAGACCAGUGAUGUGCUGAAUGCAGUUUUGGCUCAGUUUUUUCAUUUGAAGAGGGACAAUGCUAUAAGAUAUACCAAGAAGAAUGAGAAUAUUCGACUUUUUGAGAGUGGAGGUGAAGCAUCACUCGAGUUCUUUUCCGUCAAAACUGACUGUAGCCUUUUUGUGUUUGGUUCCCAUUCUAAGAAGCGGCCCCACAACCUAGUCCUUGGACGUAUGUAUGAUCACCAUGUUUAUGAUCUUGUUGAGGUUGGAGUUGAAAACUUCAAGCCAUUAGAAUCUUUCACCUAUGACAAGAAACUAGCACCAAAAGCUGGAACAAAACCAUUAUUUGCUUUCAUAGGUGAAGGUUUUGAAAGUGUGGAAGAACUAAUGCACUUGAAGGAAGUGCUGCUUGAUAUAUUUAGAGGAGAGGUCGUGGAAAGUUUGAACCUUGCUGGGAUAGACCGUGUAUUUGUUUGCACAGCCAUCUCUUCAACUACAGUAUUAUUCACGCAUUGUGCUCUCAGGCUUAAAAGGUCAGGAACAUCUAUUCCUAGAAUGGAAUUAGUAGAGGUUGGACCUUCCAUGGACUUUGUAGUUCGGAGGCAUCGUCUUCCCAAUGACAGCCUAAAGAAAGAAGCAAUGAAGACUGUCGCUCAUCAGCCAAAGAAGAAGAUGAAAAAUGUAAAAAGUGAUGCAGUGCAAGGUAAAAUCGGGAAGAUUUACAUGCCAGACCAGCAGGUUGGAGAUAUGCCUUUAUCACACAAAGUAAAGGGAUUGAAGAGAGAGCGCCGUGAAGCUAAGAUGAAAAGUACGACGAAAGAAGAUGACCAACCAAAGAAGAGGAAGAUAGAUAGCCCUUGAACUUGAGCUGGCGCCCUCUUACAAGCCCCUCUUUACAUGUGGGAAUUUUGUGCUUUUCUGUACGAUACUUUCUGCAACUGAUAACGUUUUAAGCUAAAAUUUUUGUUAUAGUUAGAGUCUAUUCAUUAAAGCGUGUUGUUUUUCAGGGGAUUUUGGUCUGGUUCUUAGGCGGUAGCCUUCCUCCCCUUCAAUGACCUAUAACCCUCAUCCUCUCUGAUAUUUAGUUAUAAUGUUAUUGAUAUGCUCUUAAUUAUCUCAGUGAGUUAAAAUUUUCUUCUGUCUUU